AUGUCACAAACAUCAAGCACCCCUUUCAACAUCCCCGAGCUUCUCGUUGAAAUCCUACUAUUCCUUGAUCCACGAACCCUGACCACGUCCGCACAGCGCGUUAACAAGCAGUGGCAGGCCACAAUUCUAGGAUCGCUGAAAUUGCAGCGUGCACUUUUCCUACAGGCCACGCCUGGAGCAUAUGAACGCAACCGUGAUCACAGCCCACUACUUAAGAAAACCUUCGCGCCCUGGUUCGAUGACUUUGCGCAUCGCCACAUCUACUACUACAGCGAUUAUUCUAACGGCCGAUACCCAAGCUGUUAUGAAACGCUGACACUAGCAUCGGCGAAACGAAGAAGGGCGUUCAUGCGCGGAGGAAGCAGCUGGCGGCACCUACUUGUCUCGCAACCGCCCGUUCGGAGGCUCGGGUGUUUGAUGAUGCGACCGUCUGAGUGGCUACACAACAGUAUGAGUUUCAAAGUCUUGGAGUUUCCAGAUGGACUUCGCAUGGGAAAGCUCUACGAUUUGGCACAGAAGUGGUCGCUCAGCGAGGAGUUGGCCUUCUUCAAAGUCUUCUGGGAUAUGGACAACACGCACGAUCUUGAUCACCUCACCCGGACGUCCUCGCCAGAAUCACUUGAGGCUCUCCAACUCUGCAAAGCCAAUGUUGAUAUCAUAUUACUGGGUGGUCUGGACAGCUGCCGAAAGUUCAAUCAGGAGAAAGCCCAGGUGUUCAAGAGUCGAUUUACAUACCAGUCCCGCAAAUUGGAGACGCCACAGGAGCCCACUUCAGAUAGCGGGUAUAUCAGCCUCCCAGACAUGCUAUUACCAGAAAACAACCAGUGGCCUGGCUUCCAAAAUUCACUUCCUGCCUCUUGA